AUGGGUUGUGAAUGUUCUGCGGAAUUCGUAAAGGGCAAAAAUGGCGAAGGUUUUGAGCAUUACCAUGUAGAGCUUACGGAGUCCAUGUUGAAUGGAUUUGAAGUGUUGAAUUCAAUGUGCCUUUUAAAUAAUUUCGACCAUUUGAUGUUCUUCUUAGAGUGUCAGAUGGGGCCUUCUUCGUGCGAACUGGUGGUUCCUCCAUUUGACGUUUUUAUAGUGUUGAUGACUUUAGUUACCGUUUCCGAUCACUACAAGGACGAGUCACUUAGAGCUAAUGAUCCUUAUAACGUUUCGAGACUUUCUUUAAGCCAAAGGUCCUUGAAAGUUUUACAAUUUUAUGUGAAGAAAUUAAAUGAGUUUGAUGUGGAGAAAUAUGGACGUUAUCAGUUGGAAUUGUUGCGAUGUCAACUAUUCAUAGCCUAUGAUUCGAUUUCACCUGGUAGUGAUAAAUUUUAUCGGAAGAAAAAGCUACGGAGAACUGGUUCAGGUCGUUUAUUUGAUAAUGAUUUCCCGACCGUAGAAUUUAAAGAACCUUAUAAAUCCUAUAUCAGUUGCUUGGAUCAAAAGCAAGAAGUUCUAGGUAAUACACUGUUAAAUCUAAAAUUGAAUCAACCGGGUGAAUUUAAAAAUAUGAUUCUUUGGACGCUUUCGAAUUCAAUGCAAAGUCAGCAAGUUUUAUACUUAGCUAGUCAUAAUGUUUGGAUGCCUUUAUUGGAUUUGUUAUUGGACAUCUUAACAUUAAGAUACGAUUAUUUUGUCAAAAAUGAAGCUGAGCGAGACGAUGACAACAAAUAUGUACAACAAUUGAGUUCAUGUCCUUUAGCUCUUUUCUUAAGAGUAUUUGAAUCAAUUCAAUUUUCUAGUGUGUUUUGUGAAUGCGUGUUCAGCAAUUGCGAUUACGAGCUAGAUGACACUUUGACGGCCCUUAAGAUUCAUCCAGUUUAUCAUGGUGAAACGACACUUUCUAACACUUUUCAUCCCAGAGUUAAGUAUACAGACUCUUAUAAAAUUAGAAAAUCUUUGGCUUUGAGGAGGAAGCUUUUGGGGGUAUGCUUUGAACUUUUAACAGAGGUACCAAAUGGACAUAGGUUAAUUUACCCAAGAAUGAUACCAGAAGACAUAUCUAGUCGAAUCGCAGUCAUUUUGGUAAAUUUUAAAAAUUUAGAACAGUUUAAGGCUUUUUUCUCCAACAAUAUGGAUAAGCGACCUUCUUACGUCUUAGCAUACAUUGUUGAUGACACACUUUUAGAAAUGUUUAAAAAAUUUGGAAGGAAACCUUUAAAGAAAUCUGAAAUAGGGAUAUUAGCUGACUCUCAUGACGUUGAUACACUUUUCAAAAAUUGUAAAUACUAUAUUGAAUCAGGAUUAUUUGCUCCAUGGGAUAGUAAAAACCCAGAGAAAAGUUACUUGGAUAUACAAAAGGCAGAUACAUGCUUAAUAGUAUCGAUGAAAUGCUAUGCAAAGAAUGGAGAUGCAGUAAAUAUAUCUAACAAAAAAGAGUUCCUGAAGGCGCUUCUGGAAAAUGAUAAGAAGAGGAAGUCCGGCUUACCUCUACUUUAUCCUUUAAUGACUAAAUUAAUAGACGAUUGA